AACAAAUGGAUGUGCUGAAUUGGAAUCGGUAACUAUCAGAAGAGAGGGAAAUGAGGAUGAGUUGCCGGCCUUGCUGGCCGGCUUUCAUGCUGUGUUCCUUUCAUGCCCUUUGCUUCAAACAUGGACAAACCACAAACUAAUCUAUCUUCCUUACAAAAAUGGACUCUUUUUUCUUUAAAACCCCAUAUUGCCAACUAACUGAACUUUAUAAUUACAAUAACAUCUCUCCCUUGGAUUUCUGAGAAAACCAACCAGGUACAAAGCAAACAAAAAAUGGCGAGAGUUGAUGAAUUCGGUCAACAACGUCUCUUCCUAUCUCAACUUGACCCUGUUGUGUUAGAACUUAACAGGCUGCAAAGCUUGCUCAAAGAUAAGGACCGUGAGUUGGGGUUUGCUCAAAGUGAAAUCAAAACCCUGAAAGCAGCUGAUGUCUUGAAGGAGAAAUCAUUAGAAGAGAUGGGAUAUCUUGUAGAAAAACUGGACAGUAAGCUAAGUAACAACGAAAACCUCCUUGACCAAAAGAAUUUGGAUAUCAAGAAGUUAGUAAUAGAAAAGAAAGAAGCGUUGGCUGCACAAUUUGCCGUGGAAGCAACUCUUAGAAGGGUUUAUGCAAAUCAUAAGGACGACAAUUCAGUACCAAUUGAAUCCAUUAUUGCUCCUCUAGAGGCCGAUAUUAAAAUGUAUAAAAACGAGAUUGCAGUACUACAAGAGGAUAAAAAGACGCUAGAGAGACAUACUAAAUCAAAAGAAGCAGCUUUGCUUGAAGCCGAGAGAAUUCUAACAAGUGCUUUGGAAAGAGCAUUGAUUGUGGAAGAGGUUCAAAAUCAGAAUAUAGGACUUCGACGACAAAUCGAGAUCUGCCAAGAUGAAAACAAGAUUCUGGAAAAAACAAAUCGUCAGAAAGUUUUAGAGGUUGAAAAGCUAAGUGAAACCAUUAAACAACUUGAGGAAGCUAUACUUGCAGGCGGAGCUGCUGCAAACACUAUACGCGACUACAGGCGUCAGAUUUAUCAACUACAAGAGGAGAAAAGAACAGUAGAAAGGGAGCUGGCAAGAGCAAACGUUUCAGCCAAUCGAGUUGCAACCACAUUGGCGAAUGAAUGGAAGGACGAAAACGAUAAGGUUAUGCCAGUGAAGCAAUGGUUGGAGGAAAGGAGGCGUCUUCAGGCAGACUUGCAUCGGUUAAAGGAGAAAUUGACCGUAACGGAGAGAACGGCUAAGAAUGAAGCACAACUUAAAGAAAAAGUGAAGCUGAGACUGAAGACACUUGAAGAUGGAAUAAAGCAGUCAACUUAUGGAUCACCAAAAUUUGAAAAGUCAAAUCAUUAUUUUGGAAUCCUAUCAAGUAACAAAGGAACGAAGAGGUCAACAUCACAGCCAAGAGGCUCAUCCACAAGCUCACAGAAAUUAGAUGUUGAAUACGGAACCAGACAAAUGAAUAUGCUUAAUAGAAAAUAUGCUUCAGGGGAGAAUUUGUUGAGAAAAAGUUUAUGGACAGAAAGGAGCAAGUUUAUCGACAAAGAUGAAAAGGAGAACAAUGAAAAGAUCGGUGCCAUGAAUCUUGAGAAAGUUAAGGAUGAUAGAACUAAUAUCAUAAGGGGAAGGGAAACAGCAAGUGGUGGCAAUGAAGAAUACGAAGACGGGAGAGCCACCCGGUCUUAUACAGAUGAUGAUUUGGUUUCGGGGUUCCUGUAUGAUAGGCUUCAGAAAGAGGUGAUUAGUUUGAGGAAAUGUUGUGAGAUGAAAGACAGCAGUUUGAAUGAAAAAGAUGAGAAAAACAAGGUGUUAAUGAAGAAAGUUGAAAACUUGAUGAAAGCACUCGAAGUAGAGUCAAAGAAAUGGAGAAGAGAAGCAGCUGUAAGAGAAAAGAACUCAACGUCCAUAAAGACCGAUGAGCAGAAACCAGAUCGAAACUUGAACUCCUCCAAAAGGGCUGCAAAGCCAUCUACUUGAGCAACGUCUGAAGAAUACAUGUGAAUGUCAUAGGGGUUUGGCAACUUAUUGUGAUAAUUAUACUGCAGUAUGCAUAAUUUUACCAAGUCAUAGAAAUAAUAUUCCAUGUUGUUUUGGAAGAUCUGUAAAUAAUAAUUGAACAUUUCCGAGUGAGUUAAUUUAUGAUGAGUGUUACUAUC